AUGUUUAAUGUAUUAAAUACAUUUAAUAAUGCUACAUCAUUGAAAUAUUUAAGUACUACUUCAACUUACUUAGGAAAUGAUUCUCAACCUGAUUGUGCAUUUAUAUAUAAAAAUAUAAACAUCGAUACUCGUAAAGAAGAACGAUGUUUGCAAGCUUUUGUUGUUUGUAUUGGCAAUUUAAAGUCUCCAAAUGAAUCUUUAUCAAAAAACUCAAUGGUUGAAGAAAUAUUAAGCGAUUUGACAACGAUAUUGUCAAAACAACGUCGUAAAAGAUAUAUGGAUUCCAAUUCAAAUUCCUUUGAAUUUUUUCAAAGUCAAGAAUUAGAACUGUUCAGUUAUUUGUCUGAAACAUUAUCGUCUACUGGUGAAUCAAGAAAAAGAAUAAAUACAGUAAAUUCAAAAUUAUGUGCUAAUAAAGAUACAUGGAAAAUAUUUACAAAAUUCUUAACAAUGAAUAGUGAAUUUUAUGAAUAUACAAGAUUCAAUAUAGAUCCUCAUGAUGAUUUACUUGCUGAUCAAUAUCUGAUUAUAAAAGGAUUAGGAAAGGGUUUAACAUCAAUGAUUUAUUUAUUAGAAAAAAAUGAAAAUAAAUAUUCAGUUGAAGAGUCACCACAUCAUGUAAUGAAAAUAUUAAAAGAAAGUGCAGAUUCAAAAUUAUUUUCAAACGAAAUUAAAAUAACAACAAUUAAAACAAUUUAA